AUGGGCUCUCAGUCAACCAGCGAAGGCCUCGGCCAGGAAUUCACCAACCAUGUCAUCCAAGCCAUGGGCCCCAACACCUCGCCCCGGAUGCGCACAGUCAUGACCGCUCUCAUCCAGCACGUCCACGACUUUGCGCGCGAGGUCAACCUCACCGCGGACGAGUGGCUGGCGGGCGUCGAGAUGAUCAACUGGGCGGGCCGGAUGAGCAACGACAGGCGCAACGAGGGACAGCUGGUGUGCGAUGUCAUUGGCCUGGAAUCGCUUGUGGACGACAUCACAUACAGAGAGGCCAGCAAGGCCGACAAGCCGCCCACGUCGUCUGCCAUCCUGGGGCCGUUUUGGCGUGCCGAUGCCCCGAUCCGAGAGAACGGCGGCACCAUCACCUUCAACACGCCAAAGGACGGGCAGGUGACUUUUAUGCAUGGCCAGGUGACGGACGCUGUGACGGGCAAGCCGCUGGCGAAUGCUACGGUGGACGUUUGGCAGGCGUCGACGAAUGGACUGUAUGAGCAGCAGGAUCCGGAUCAGGUCGAUUGCAAUUUGCGUGGCAAGUUCAUCACCGAUGCGGAGGGGCGGUAUUCGUUUUACUGUCUUCGCCCGACGCCGUAUCCUAUCCCCUUUGAUGGUCCGGCAGGGAAGCUGCUGAAGCUGAUGGAUCGCCACGAGUACCGGCCCGCACACAUCCAUCUCAUCGCUGAAUGCAAAGGAUACGGCUCCUUGACAACGCAGAUCUUCGACAAGGACUCCAAGUAUCUGGAGGACGACAGUGUGUUUGCUGUAAAGGAUGGGCUGACGGUCGAGUUCAAGCCCCGUGAGGGAGACGCCCAGGCACAGUUUGACUUGGAGUACAACAUCCAGCUGGCCAAGAAGAAUUAG